AUGAAUCGUGUGCACUGGACUCAGCACCUGCCUCUUACCUGUGACCCUGCAGCAUGGCUGAAUUCUGAAACGCUCCUCCCACGGCUCACCAUUGAGAACUUGAGCAAGUGGGCUUUCUACAAAGACCAGGAUCUUGCUAAGUCUCCUAGGUCAAAAAAAGCAUUGCAAGGAAGAUGGGAGGCAGAAGAUGCUAGUGAAGAUAUCCUUGAGAAGGACAUGGCACACAAACAGGUAUAUAAAGAUGAGGAUCGCUAUAUGGAACUUGAGAAGACCUACAUUGGGAACAUCUUGAUCUCUGUCAAUCCUUUCCAACCUCUCAGUAUUUAUUCAAGUGAUGUGAUGAUCCAGUAUCAGAAAGGGCUGUUCUCCAGAAAUGCACCACACAUCUUUGCCGUCACAGAACUGGCAUAUGCCUUCUCACAGAGCUCGGAGAAAGAUCAGUGCAUUGUCAUCAGUGGACACAGUGGUUCAGGGAAGACAGAAGCUGCCAAAGCUAUUAUCCUGUACUUGUCCAGGCUAUACCAAAGGCAAGAAGGUCCUGGGAAAAAACAACCCUAUGAUGUGCUACCCAUCCUAGAAAGUUUUGGAAAUGCCAAGACUAUCCUAAAUGACAAUUCCAGCCGCUUUGGGAAAUUCUUGCAUGUCCACCUGAGACAUGGACUCAUGGUGGGCACCUCUAUCUCACACUAUCUUUUGGAAGAGUGUAGAGUUGUUUUUCAGAGUCCUGGUGAAAGGAGCUUCCAUGUAUUUUAUGAGUUUCUGGCUGGGCUGCCCACAGAGCAGAAAGAAAAACUUUAUCUGCAGGAGUCAGAAACGUACUUUUAUCUCAAUCAGGGCAGAGUAUGUGAGCUUCCAGGAAAGCAAGAUGAUCUAGACUUUCUCGUCUUGAUGAAGGCUCUCCAGAUGAUAGACCUCUCUGAUGACCAGCUGACCUCUAUCUGGAGGGUGCUUGCUGGCAUUCUGCAGCUGGGAAACAUUUGCUUUACUUCUUGCGAGAAAGAGUCCUUUGAGUUUGCUGUCAUCCCUAGUGAAACGGAAAUCCAGAUUAUUGCCAAUUUGCUGCACAUUUCAGCAGAUCUCCUUCAAAGAGCCAUCACCCACCGUGUCACUGAAACUUGUUAUGACCGGAUAUUCACCCCAUUGUCAGUAGAAAGUGCGAUAGAUGCCAGGGAUGCUAUAGCCAAGAUUCUGUAUUCCUUGCUCUUUGAUUGGCUGCUUAUGAAAGUCAACGAGUGGAUGGCUCCAUUGGAGAUGGACAGUACUGUUGGCAUUUUAGACAUACAUGGCUUUGAGGAUCUUGGGGUAAACAGUCUGGAGCAGCUGUGCAUUAACUUUGGCAAUGAGCAUCUCCAACACUUCUUCAGUCAGAGAGUCAUCGCCCAAGAAGAGGAGGAGUAUGUGCAAGAAGGCCUACGGUGGAGCCCUAUGUUGAAGAUGGCUGUGGACCCUUCCUGCCUGGACCUGAUAGCGGCAAAGCCCUAUGGGAUCCUGCAUGUCCUGGAGGAUCAGACGUCACUGAUGCAGGCCACAGACCACACUUUCCUGCAGAAGUGCCAUUACCACCACGGAAACAGUCCUUGCUAUCUCAAGCCCAAGCUGCCUCUGCCUGUUUUCACUGUGCUACAUCAUGCAGGACCAGUGACUUACCAGGUGCACAAAUUUCUUAAUAAAAACCAAGACCAGUUACGCCCGGAAGUCCUGGAAAUUUUCUCCCACAGCCAUCUCAAGCUAGUGUCCAGCCUUUUCCAGAGAUUCAAGGAACAGCAGACUGAACAGAGAGGGCCAGGUACCAGACGGCAAGGACUGAAACAUCAAAAUUCUACCUUAGUAUCUAGAUUCCAGGAAUCCUUGCAAGAUCUCACUGGUCAGCUAGACAGGAGCCACAUUUUCUUUGUCCGGUGCCUCAAGCCUAAUUCCAAGAAGGUGCCAGACGUCUUUGAUACGGAGUAUGGAGUCCUGGCUGGCCGAGGACAGAGUGGCUUGCCUGAGAGAGAGGGCUGCGCUGCAGUGCUUUCACGUGCGGUGGGAGACCUGUCGGAUCUCUAUCAGAUUGGAGCCAGCAAGGUGUUCUUGAAAGAGAAAGCCAGGCGGAUGUUAGAGAGGCGAUGGAACCAAAAACUGAGCUGGGCCAUUGUUACCCUUCAGCGCAAUCUGCGAGGCCUCAUUAAUCGCAGGCGGUUCCAGGUCUUCCAGAAGAAGGUCACAGUCAUUCAGGCUUAUUUCCGGGGCCACCUGGCAAGGAAACGCUACCAAAGACUGAAGAGGACCUUGGUGCAAUUCAGGGUGGCCAUGCUCAUCUCUAGGCCACUGAUUCAUAGAAGGAGGCAUUACUACCAGAUAGAAUAUUAG